AUGAAAGCAAAAGAAAGAGUGGAAACCGUCUGGAAUCGCACUAACAAACUUUUACAUGACAAAAUUAAAAAAAUAGAAAACAAAUCUUUCAAAUCAUACUUAAGUGAACUUUCUGCAACGAAUAACAUUGUUUAUUCAUUAUGGAAGGCUACAAGCCGCAUGAAGAGUCCUAGAGCCUAUGUACCAACUAACCGAAUGGAAGAUGGAAGAUGGACACGCUGUGUACAAGAUAAAGCAGAUAUGUACGCACGUCAGUUAGAACGUGUAUUUCAACCAAAUGAAGUUGUUUCCGAACUCGACAUAGCUCAGUGCCAAACACUAAAUAAAAUACACGAUAAGAUAAAGCACUUUACUCCAGUUGAAAUCGCAAAAAAAAAUUGA